AAGGUGCUCUACCCUGUCGCUUUGCUGGUCUGAAAAAUCGAACCAAAUAGUUUUCGGAACAAAACAGCUCAAAAUUAUUCUAAAAAAGGCACCCACUGGAUAUGAGUUCUCAGCUUCCUUUUCUCUUCCCGAUUGGAUACCAUGUUGCCUAGAAGACAUAUGUUCUGCUGAUUGCUUCUAUGGAGUUUAUUGGUUCUGAAACAAGGGCUUCUUGCAGGUUUGGUGACCGAUCAACUAGUGAUGUUGUUGUGAGGCUUAGAACGCAGGAUGGGCGAGAUGAUUGGAUAUAUUGUCACUCCCACAUCCUCACUGAUAAGUGCAAGUAUUUUGCUGACCGCCUUUCUGAGAAUUGGCCAACAUGCCAGAUUAUUGACUCCCGGAGCUGUGUGGAGGUCUACUGUGAGGAAUCAGAAUUUGAUUACCAUGUCACUGUUCUUCGCCUGUUCUAUGUUAUCGUUGAUGGCUCAGUUGAUGACCUGUGGCAUGGUGUUAAAAAUGCUCUUGGCAUUCUUCGAGUGGCUUUUGAACUUGGGUGCCCGAAAAUUGUUACUGCUUGUGUGAACUACUUGGAAGCAGUUCCAUGGGAAGAGUCUGAGGAGGAGGAAAUUCUAAAAACCAUACCACAAAUGGGUUCUCAAGUGGAGCCUAUUCUUGAUCGUCUUCAACCAGUCAAUACAGCAGUCAUCAGAAGAAUUUUUCUCUCAUCAGUCCAAUUCGCCACAUCAUCCCCUCCACCUUCCUUGAAUGAUAUCAAGUCUUCUGCUCAAGAACAGCUCGAGUAUAUGAUAACUGAAGAUGAUGACUCCCCAUUGCUAGUAGCUGAUAACGAGAUAAAAGCUGAGGUGAAAGAAUGUGUGAACAGACUGUUUGCCAGAUUUAAUAAUGUAUUAGAAGCUAUGCUGUGUGAGCGUAAUGAUUCAUCUGCAGAAGAAGGGAAAAUGCAAAAUUUUCAGUCCCUCUUAUCGGAUUUAUCGUGGGCUUGUCAGAUAUUAAAUAAGUUGGAAAUCAUGAGGGAUUUUGUCCAUAGCUGGAUGGAUGCAUCUGAUAAGAUAGUUAAGAUUGUGGAGCAAGCAAAUUCAACAGAUGAAAUUAUUGAGACAAAGUCAAAAGUUAUUGAGGUGGCUGCAAAAGUGUUGGAGGCAAUAGGGUAUGGCACUGUCAUUUUGCCAUCUGCAAGGCGUCUUCACGGGGUGAAGGUAUGGCUUCCUUUUGUGAGGAUCACAAAACCACUGAUUGAUUCCUUCACAGCUCAUAGUAACGAUGGAGAUGAAACUAUGCCUACACCAAAAGUAGAUAGCGAACUUUGGCAAUCCUUAGAAUCCACCUUCAUUUCGAUAAUUCUGGCAUUGCCAUCCUAUGAGCAGGCUGAGAUUUUGGCUGAAUGGUUAGGAAAUGAGCAAGUUCAAUAUCCAGACCUGACUGAGGCAUUUGAGGUCUGGUGUUACAGAUCCAAGGUUGCCAAACGAAGACUAUCAUCAUUAGGAGUAGAUAAUGAAACAACUAAUGCACUUUGACCACUUUAGUUUAGCCUUUUCUCAUCUCUUGUUAGGAAACCAAGUCAGGUUGGAUUACCCUUUGUUUAAAAAAGUUUAAGCAUAUUUUUGUUAAAAAUGAUGGAAAGAUUUCAGGAAAAAUAGUAUUUCCAUUCAACUGUUUUAGACACUCAGUAUAGGUCAGUCACCGCCCCAUUUUGGACUUGUUAAUUGUAAAUUUUUAUUCUAGGCAUUGGUAGUUGCCAUUAUUACGUA